AUGAAGGUCACCACGAUUCUUGCUGCUUUCUUGCCCGUCUUGGCGCUCGCCCAGACCUCAAGCGGUGAUACGACGACGGUUACUUCCACGGCUACCCAGACCAAGACCAUUACUCUCGAGCGCGCGCACACCACCACCAUGACCUACGGCACCGGCAACAGCACCGCGACGUUCAAGCCCACCGGCUCCGUUGUUGCCUCUGCAACUGCCGCGGCUACCGCUGCAACUACCUCGAAAUCCAGUGCGGGCGCCGCUCUCAACGCCGGUAACCUGGCUUUCGCUGGUGUUGCUGGUAUGGUCGCUGCUAUCAUGUUCUAA